AUGUGCAGUCCACUUGAGCCACGCUCCUCGGGGAGAACCUCCUUUUUCUCCAUUGCGAUGCGAAAUAACCGCAGGGUUGGCUGUAGCAGAGUCCCCUUCCUGCUGUGGCUCCAAAGCCGUCCUAACCGACAGCUCUGAAAACCGUAAACUGCAGCAAGCGUCAAAUACGCGCCUUGAGUUUUCUUGACGACGGUGUUAAACUUCCGGUUUGAGGAAAAUAAAAAGACGGGCCGUUUUUCUGUUUCUUCGCGAACUUAUGUUUUGAUUUCAAAUGGAAAAAGGAAAUAUAAUUCGUUUUACAUUGUAUGCAUUUGGAGUAUAAAAUGACAAUUAAAAAACGACCUGAUUUUCGUUUUUUAAUAUCCGUUUUCAAAACGGAAAAACGAAUGACCAAAAGGUACACGGACCAUUUGUGACUGGCAGUCAUUAUAUCCCUGGAGUCUCCUACCAUCACCCCAGCCCAGUAGGUGGCGGUAAGACACCUGAUUGUUGGAGUGAACCACCGAGGAAAACGAAGAAGAUGAGAACUUCAGCUCCCAGAGUGCAUCGCGGGCCACAGAUCGUAAACACACAUGAAGGACGAAGAGAGCAGAGAGAAGCAUGAUCGUGUUUGUGCGCUUUAACCUCGGCCCUGGCGUCCCCGUGGAGCUGCAGGAGGAGGCGAGUGUGGCUCAGCUGAAGGAGUUGGUGGGGAGUCAGCAGGGGGUGCAACCAGAGGACCUCAGGGUGCUGUUUGCUGGGAGGGAGCUGCAGAGCACCGCCACCCUCCAGGGCUGCGACCUCCCAGAGCAGAGCACUGUCCACAUCGUUCUCCCUCCAUCAGGCUCCUCCACUUCACAGCUCCUCCUCCUGCAGGGUCACCUGGCUCAGGGCAGACAAGAAGAGGAGGAGGGCUCUCUGACCAGGCUGGACCUUAGCUCCUCUCGACUCCUUGCCACCUCCCCUGGAAUGGCCAUGGUCCUGGAGAGCAGUGAGGGAGGCGUGUGUGGAACAGAGGGGGAGAGUCUGGAUGAAGUGCAGGCUGCAGCUCGGAGAGGUGCACGUACCUGCAAUACUUUCUUCGUGUUCUGUAAAAGCUGCAGGUCGAUCCAACCGGGAAAGCUACGAGUUCGCUGCCGAAGCUGCAAACAGACGACGCUGACGCUCAGCAGGGGUCCCUCCUGCUGGGAUGACAUUCUCCUCCCCAGUCAUAUCCAUGGCAUCUGUCAGUCAGAAGGUUGUCAAGGCCACGAAGCGGAGUUCUACAUGAAGUGUGCGUCCCACCCCACAUCAGAUAACGACCUCUCCGUGGCCCUCGACCUGAUCAUGACCAACACCAGAAGUGUUCCCUGCAUUGCCUGCACUGAUGUCCUGGACGUGGUCCUAGUCUUCGAGUGCUCGGAUCGUCAUGUGAUCUGUCUCGACUGUUUCCGGCAUUACUGUCAGACACGACUGAAUGAGCGUCAGUUUGUUUACCAUCCUGUGAUUGGCUACUCGCUGCCAUGUGCAGCCGGCUGUGACGACUCUCUGAUUAAAGAAGUUCAUCAUUUCAGGAUCCUGGGAGAUGAGCAGUAUGGGCGGUACCUGCAGUAUGGUGCUGAGGAGUGUCUGCUGACCAUUGGAGGAUUGAUGUGUCCAUCACCUGGCUGUGGGGCAGGGCUUCUUCCACCUGACAACAGCAGGAAGGUGAAGUGUGACCAACAGCUUGGCUGUGGCUUCAUCUUUUGCAGAGUCUGCAGGGGGGAGUACCAUGAGGGGCCAUGUCAGGUGCUGACAGCUCCACCCACAGUGGAAACUGCACAGGGUUUUGUGGUCAGGGAAGAGGCAUCUCUCAGGGGGAGGUGGGAGCAAGCAUCUCUGCUCUUCAUUGCGGAGUCAACCCGGCGCUGCCCAACAUGUUUGGUUCCUGUGGAGAGAAACGGUGGCUGCAUGCACAUGCAGUGUCCGCUGUGCAAAGCUGAAUGGUGCUGGCUCUGCGGUGUCCCCUGGAACAGGGAGUGUAUGGGAAACCACUGGUUCGGAUAAACGGGUCACAUGACUGCAGAGUUCACCCUGAUUGUACAGCUGCUGAACAAUCAUAAAAAGGACUGAUGACUUUCAAAUCAAAAUCAAAUCAAGUCAAAGUUUAUUUGUCACAUAGGUACAGGGUACAACUAGCAGUAAAAUGCUUUGACGACUGCCCUUACAUUAUAGCACAAGAUGACAAACUUGUUUGCAGAAGCUCCUUCACAAUAAAAGUCAGAUGAUGCUGACUGAAACUGA